AAUGAAAUGAAACGAACAAAAUGGCGGACAUUAUGAAGUUACACUAAAUCUUAACAAACUGAAACAAAUAAAAACUAAAUGAACUAUUUACAAUUUGUCAAUAAUUUGAUACAUUAAUAAAUCCUGAUGGCAAGUAAAGGAAAACAAGGUAAAUGAAUAUUACUUUUAAAGUAGAAUACUAAUUCUUCACUUAAAAUUUAGGCAGUUUCACCAAAACUACAACUACAAUUUUGUCAAGCCUAGGCCUAGGCCUAGGCACUAGUUUAGACUUUAGACUAACUUUAAGUAGGUAAUUUAAAUUGGAUAAAAUUUUCAAAUUGAAGGAAUUAAGUUAAAUGAACACAUCUGUAAGAUAACCCUUGUUAAAUGAAGUAAUGAUAUGUUUUCAUGAAGCACUUUUGUUUAAAAAGUUAUGAUUUUUUUUCAUGAAUAAAAACUCACUUUUUUUCAAACUAUACUACACUAUUAAUUAUUAAUAAUAACAUAGAAAGACAUUCAUAGACAUCAUAGUCAUAGAGUUAGAGAUUUGUGACCACUUUUCAAAUUUUUUUUUACAAAAAGGUUCAUAACUUUAUAGCAGAGUAGACAAAUAAUAUGAAACUUUCCAGAAGUGUUCAUCAUCCUAUUAUCAACAUUGUCAACAUCUUAAUUAGGGACCUCGGUAUCGACCGGAAAUACCCGAAAAACGGGUAUCGUAAUUUCGUUGUCAUUUUGGCGACCUCUACUUUUUAAUUUACUGAGGGUAUCGUUUCGCGUUUCAUAAUCGAUUUUUAGCAUAAUAAUAUAAUUUUACUUCCGCCAAUUACUUAAAGCCGACAUCUUUCCUGUUAUAUUAAGAGUUCGUUUGAUUUUUUGGGUCAAGAUUAAAGCUUUGAAAAUUGAAGUUAAAAAUUGGUCAACUUCACUCAAGAAUAACUUUUGUUAAAAAAUGCGCUCUUAAAUAAAAAUACUCCGCUCUUUUAGUUUAUAUGUUCAUUUAAAACAUAUCCAAAAUUCAUGAGUGUAGACCAGGGGUGGGCUUCAAAAACGAAUUUCCAAGAUGUCAUUUUUUUAGGCUAUGUAAUUGGUCAUCAUGGCCACUGUGCUUGUCUGCUUAUUUCCAAUUAUCGAUAGCAGCCGUGGGGUAAUUAAUAAUUCAUUAAGUUGUUAUCCAGAGUGUAAAUGGGAAUUAUAACUAAUAAUAAAUCAUUUUAUAUAAAUAAAAAAUGUUUUAUAACAUAAAUAAUUAUAUUGGCUUAUUGAAUAUCAGUGAUUUUAAUUUUUGGGUUGGUUGCCAUGGACCUGGCUGACACUGACAUGGGAAUGAUAAGCUCUUGUCUUUGACUUAGAUAGUGAUAGGCGUAGUUUAAGUAUUAUAAUAUUAUUUAUACUAUUAUAAAUGAUUUAAGGAGUGGGAUAAAUAGCUUUUAUUACAACUAAUAUAUUUAUCAUUUAUAUUAGUUUAUAUCUUUAUAGAUAAAUAUUUAUUUGUAUAUAUAUAAUAAUAUAUAAUGACCAUUAUGCAUUAGGCUAGAGGCCUUGUAUACAUAUAAUAUAGUAUAAUACAAAGUAUACUAUAUCAGGGUUAAGGCCUAGACCCAACCCAACUAAUUUGUAGGGCCUAUUAUAAUAAAUUAUAUUUAAUGAUAUUUUAGGAUAUGUAAUAAAAUUUUAAUGAAUAUUGUGAUUCUUACUUAAGGCAUAAACUAAGUAAAACAUUUUGAAAUAUUCACUUACCUUUGGUAUUGAAAUAUCCUAUAUUUAAUCACAUAUCACAAUAUUCCACAAGAGAAUUAUUAUAUAAUCCUCGGUUUCUCAAAGAAAAAACACACUUUCUGGCACUACAAUCCAAGAAUUACUUAAGAUAUUAUUAAAGAACAAUCGUAAUAACCUGUACUUACCUCUAGUAAAUGACUAGAACUUAUUUUAUUAACAGCUAAAGUCAAAGUUGAUUCUAAUAAUACAUGUGGAUUUGUAAAACAUGAUUAGAAACUUAAAAUAAAUGACAUGCUGAUUGUUUUGUCAUACUCAUAGGAAUAAUAUAAUAAAUAGUAUACAUAUGUAGAAAAUAGUAAAAUAAAAAGUGUAAUUGUCAAUUUUAAAUAAAUAAAACAAAUAAUCCCUUUAUUAUUUGUUUAUGCUUAUAAAUGCUAAACAAUUCCACAAAAAUUCUGCAAUUAAUAUCUAAAGAAUAUUAUUAUUAUUAUGAUUGUUGGGAAAUUAAAAACAAAAUUAAAACAAAAUUUUAAUUAAUUAAUUACAAAUAAGUGAUGAGUCAGCAUUUUUAUACAUAUUUAAUAGGCAAAUAAUAAAGUUGUUUUUUUAAUAUUUGCGGCACAUUAACAAAAACUAAUGUAUAUUUUGUGGCUUUAUUUAGAAGUACUCUUAUUUAACUAUGAUCCCUGUAAAUAUUAUAUUUUUGUCUCAUUUUAUAAUAAAGGUAUAGUGUUAAAAAAAAAACAAAAUGAGGGUCACAAAUGUGGAGGAAAAUCCCAUAGUAAAAAAGUGGUUUUGAGGUCCCUACUAAAAAAUUCAUAACUUUUGAACCACUUGAGCUAGAAAGUUGAUCUUGGUGUUUUUGUUAUCUAUUCUCCAGGCUCUAUACAGCUGUAGUAUUUAUAUAUUUUUAAAAAUGUUUUGAAAUUUUCAUCAAAGUGGCUAUCUUAAUUGCUUUAAAAACUAAAUCGAAUAUUUUAAAAAUGUAAUUAAAAAACUUUAAAAAAAAAUAUAUAAUUAAAAAAAAUUAAAGACCAAACGUAAUUUAUUUAAAAACAGGAAAUAUUAUAGUGGAAAUUUUAAAAUAAAAAUUAUGAUUUCAUUUGAAACGGUGCUAUAUCUGAUAAAAUAUUAGUUUAAUAUGUCUAUUAUUGUAUAGAUAUUAAUAUUACAAUAAAACCUAAUAUUAAUUAAGAUGGAACUUGAUUGCUUUAAGCAUUAUAUAAUUUCUUGGGCUUUCUUAUCUGUUAACUAGUCAUAAAUAAUACUGUUUCUGGUUUGUCACUUUCGUUUUCGGCCAUUUUAAUAUUUUUUUCAAGUUUUAGACUGUUCUGGCCCAAAAUAAUAUUGUUAUGGCCAUCUUAGAGACUUGAAAUUUUACAUGGUCAUUUUUGAUACAAUUUUACAGGUACACCAGGUCGAUUUAACAUGGGACAUCGAAUAGUUUUCAAAAUAUUGAUAAAUUAGACUUAGCUGCUUUCUCAAAUUUUUUUUUAUUCAUGACAUACUGAUAUUACUGAAAAAAAAUGGAUGUCGUCAAAGCCCGUUCAUUAACGUAAAUAGAACAGUAAUUCGUUCGUUGAUCCGACGUUUCUUGAGCAAAAAAUAAUUUUUUAGUGAACCCUAUCAUCCAGCACACCCAAAAAAGCGUCUCAAACCCCUCUGGGCCGCGAUUGCGUCAAAAUAGCCUCAUAUCUAAGUACCUGCCUAGGCCUAUGUAAAACUAUAUAAUAUAUAGAUAUAGUAUAGGCUAUAGUAAUAGGUCAUGGAGGUUCCCCCAGGUCAACUUUCAUUUACGACAGUGGACAUCGCCGUAUUCAAGAGAUUUCGAUAUUUAUGUUUGUGUUCACUUAAUGCAAAUUUUUUUCUUCUCUUUUUAAAUUUUUGAAAUUUGGGGGAGGGGUCUCCCCAGUCCCCACAAGAUCAUUUCACACACAGCAAACUCUUAUGAUUGAAACUCUGAGAUUUUGCACCCGGAAAAUUAUGAUAAUUGAUAAUAUGGCCUCUGCUGGGUUUUUAAACCUCAAAUGAAAAUAUUCCGGUUUAAAUGCCCUCUAAAUUCAUUCUGAAACACAAGUCAACAAGUUAUCAAAUAGGCAGUGUCUACACGUACGGUGCGCCAGACGUAUAUCUCCUGCUGUAUUUGUCCGGCGACCAAGUCACAUGACCGCCGGCAGAAUACUUUAUCAAGAUAUAUGUCCAGCAACCAAGACAAAUGACUGCCGUAACAAAGUGGCGCGAGAUAUUUAUCCGUCAGCCUUGCCUCAUGAUCGCGAAUGAUUUAAAACUAUUGUUAAUUUUAAAAUCUAUUUUUCUACCAAGUAAUUUACUGAGUAUCUUGCAAACAAAUAGAAAAAAAUACUUGGGUAUAUUACCAAAACAAAGUGGGGGUUAAUAAUUCAUUCUGGAAGGAAGCAAUGCUGAAACGGGGAAAGAGAGAAUUACGGUAAUAAAAAAUGCGAUAUGGUUCAAGGAAUUGAUAUGGUUCUCUUUUUUUAAAAGAAGAAUGUUUUAAUAUUUCAGCUGAAGUAAAUUCUGCAAGAAUCAGAUUGGAUGCAACUCUUCAACAUUUGGUUGACAGAAAAGAGGAAUGGUUUGUAAAUGUACUUCUUGUUUGGUUAAUAUUAUUUGUUCUCUUUUCAAUUGUUGGUUUUAACCAACAUUAACAAAAGGAAUAAUAUUGUAUUACAUAAUUUAUAAGGCUCAUGAUUAAAAAAAAAAAAGGGUAAAAAAAAAAUCUAUGUGGAUCUUUUUAAUUGUGCAGUUGGUUAAUUGAGAUAGGUCUUUAGUUUAUUGUACAGUAGGUCAGUUGUGGUAUGGUAGUUCUUUAGUUCAUUGUACACUAGGUGGCAGUUUUUUAGUGUAUUGUACAGUAGGUAGCAGUUAAUUAGUUUAUUGUACAGUAUGUCCAUUGUGGUAGUUCUUUGGCGCAAAUAAUACAGACAGAUCAAUAAAUAAUUAGAAUUAAAGAAGCUGAUUUAGAAACUUUAAAACUGUUGGAGCAUCAGUUAUAAGUAAAAUAUUUACUGUAAUAUUAAAACUAUUGGACCAUCAGUUAUAAGUAAAAUAUUUACUGUAAUAUUAAAACUAUUGGAGCAUUUGUUAAAAGUAAAAUAUUUACUGUAAUAUUAAAACUAUUGGAGCAUCUGUUAUAAGUAAAAUGCUUAAUAAAAUAAUCUAUCAUUUUUUUUCAGCCAUGAAACAAGUGAAGGUGAAAGCAGUGCACCCCUAACAGAUUCUGUAAGGUAGUAGUAGUCCAUUUGCUGUACUUAGAUAAAAACCAACCAACUCAUCAACAUAUACAUGGUUUAAUAUAAAAAUUAAGGGAAUCAAUUCGCCAAAAUCCUCAAUGGAUUUAAUUAUUACAUGUUACUAUUUCAUUUAAAUAUUACAUGUUAAAAUUACAUUUUAAAUAUGAUUUAUAGGGUUACCAAGAGUCUGGAUUUCCCCAUACAUUUCCUCUUUGUAGGCCCCUGUCCCGACGGCGUUCCAGAAAUAUGUCUUUUGUUCAGUCUUUUCCCCAGUCCAUACCCAAUCAAAACCUUCUUACUUACUUUUCUUUGUUAUAUAUACUAUUCUGUUCCGUGAACUAAAAACGCCCACCAUUAAUAUUUAUUUCAAUGGUAUGGGUUACUAAGGUAACUACCGUAACUUCAUGUUCUGGAAGCCAUUUUUGUAAACAUAACAAAUAAUGGUAAAAUAAGCUCAAGAUAAAAAAAUAAAUAAUUUAUUUUUCAAGUUCAUAAAAAUAUUGAUUUAAAAAAUGUUAAAACAUGUUUAUUAACAGACUCAUUAAAAACCCAAUAGUCAGGUUUUUGCGCAGGUUGAUAAGACUGGGAUGCUGAAUGUUUGAUAUGCGGCAGCGGAACAUAUAGUUAUAUCUCCUUUGCCAAUAAUACAAUAAGACUUUAAAUGGCGCACAUCAAAAUGUUAAGAUUAUUCUCUGAUUAAACUUCAUCUACCUAAGUUACAUUUUAUCGUAACACCAGAUUUAAAAAACGAUGAGUCUAUUUCAGCAGCUGAAGGGAUAUUGGGGUUUUAUGCUGUCAAGCACCAUCACAUGCAGUUAUAAAUGAAUGCACUGCAGUUGUCGCUUAUCAAAAACAAUUUUACCUGAUCCUCAUAUUGCACCAAAAAAAUCAGUCAGUGUAAUGUAAUGUAUUCUGAACACUCACUAAAUAAUAAUUAUAAUUGAAACGAUUUACACUAAGAACAAAAUUUUAUGUAGUUUAACUUUACUUUUAUUUGUACAACACUAAAUGUUGGCGUAGGCUACGGGGUGACAGCAGGAAUUGAUGAAAAUUUUGAGUGUCCUCUUUUUCAUCUGAGGACUUAUGGUAACCCUAAUGACAUGUUACUAUUACAUUUGAAUAUUACAUCCAUUUAUUACAUUUCAAUAUCACAUUUAAAUAUUAUAUGUUAAUAUUGCAUUUAAAUUUUACAUGUUAAUAGUACAUUUCAAGAUGUUAAAUGACAUGUGACAUGUUAAUAGUACAUUUGAAUAUGUUCAAUGACAUGUGACAUGUUAAUAGUACAUUUGAAUAUGUUCAGUGACAUGUUAAUGUUGAGUCCAUCGUCCAAGAUUACUUGAAAGGUUAUGAUGUAAUUGAGCUAUGCAGAAAAUACAUUUUACUAAUUUGAGUUGGAGAAUGGAUUAACAGUUUUGAAAGUUUUUUCACAAACUUAAUCUUGUGGUCUCGUUUAUUUUCAUUCAUCCUUUGUGGUGAAUAAACUUAAGCUGACCCCAAGUUCGGCAGCACUGUUAGGGUUUGGCUAACUAAAUAAAGUCUCCCUGACCUCGGUUACAACUAAAUAAAAUCAAUGGUCUGUAUUAUUAUUAGAAUUAUGUAGAAGUAUCGAGAAGGAAAUACAAUGCGUAGUCUCUUCUAGAAGUAUCCAUGAAGCAGGUUAUUUAAACGCCUAGAGAGAUUGAGAGGCAGAUCAGACUAGAGUUAUUUUGAGCGUGUGCUAUUUUUGCUAUAGAGCUUUGCUACGAGACGAGAGAUCUGUUUACUGUAUGUGUGUAGAUUUCUUUUCAUCAUUGUACCUUUUUACAACAUUGUAUCUUUUUCAACAUUGUACCGGUACAAGUCAAUAGCUUUAUUUAUAUUUCUUUCUGAUUUUGUAAUUUAUAAUUUAAAAUUUAUUAAUUGUAAUUAGCUUGGUUUGAGUAUUGUAUUCUUUGUUAUUGUAUUUAAAUUAUGGUAUCGUUUUUUGUUCCAUUGAAUUUCUUGCAAUGCAACAAUAGAUAUUUUAUAUUUAUAUUUGACCAGCUGAUUUACAAGGUUGGCUAAGGCUCCUGCUCUAAACAGGCUUAGUACAUUCCAAGUCACAAUCCAAAAAAUCAUGUCCAUAUCCAUGCAUAGGUCGAUUUCCAUUGGUAUCAGUCCGGGUUUUAUUCUAUUGAUUGGCUUUCGUAAAGUUGAGAGAUUAAUUUCUCCAUACUGAUAACAUGUCUCUGUUUCUUUAAAAUUGUUUUUUUUUAGAUCAACCAGAAUAUAUUUACAUGGCACAUAAAUUUCAGCAUAAAAUUUAGUUUUAGAAUUUGCUAAACAAAGGCCAGAGAGCUGACAAGAUCACUUUAAUAUUGUGCACUGCUCAAACAAAGGCCAGAGAGCUGACAAGAUCACUUUAAUAUUGUGCACUGCUCAAAGGCCAGAGAGCUGACAAGAUCACUUUAAUAUUGUGCACUGCUCAAACAAAGGCCAGAGAGCUGACAAGAUCACUUUAAUAUUGUGCACUGCUCAAACAAAGGCCAGAGAGCUGACAAGAUCACUUUAAUAUUGUGCACUGCUCAAACAAAGGCCAGAGAGCUGACAAGAUCACUUUAAUAUUGUGCACUGCUCAAACAAAGGCCAGAGAGCUGACAAGAUCACUUUAAUAUUGUGCACUGCUCAAACAAAGGCCAGAGAGCUGACAAGAUCACUUUAAUAUUGUACACUGCUCAAACAAAGGCCAGAGAGCUGACAAGAUCACUUUAAUAUUGUACACUGCUCAAACAAAGGCCAGAGAGCUGACAAGAUCACUUUAAUAUUGUGCACUGCUCAAACAAAGGCCAGAGAGCUGACAAGAUCACUUUAAUAUUGUGCACUGCUCAAACAAAGGCCAGAGAGCUGACAAGAUCACUUUAAUAUUGUGCACUGCUGAAAAAUUGUGGAGUGUUUAUUUGUUUUUACAUUAAAAAGUUUUUACAAUUAAUUUAUUAAAUUACUGUAACGGACUAUGUUUUCACAUGAAAACAGAGAGGUAACAUGAGUGAACAGUGAAUUGUGUUGACCAUGUUUUUUUCCACAAGGAGAGACAAUCAAUGGAUUGUAUUUUUGAGAUGCAAAUGUGAGCUCCACGUUUUUGGAGAGUAAAAUUAUGUUUUUGUCAGAGCGGUUGUUUUCCACGCUUUGCUGGUAAUAAAGUAUGAGUUGACUGAUAUAAGGAGAGCUGUGUGAUUAGACAGUUGAGCUGAGUUAUAGUAGCGUGAGGACGUGUCUUUCUGAAUGAUGGAAUAAUACUAUAUAUAUAUGUGAAAUUACAUUCAUGCAAGGAUUAUCAUUAAUAUUAUCAGUAUAAAGUGUGUUCAAUAAAGUACUGUGAGUUUUAACUAGAAUUGAGUAUUCUUCUUUUCGUGCCUGGAUAAUAAGUGAAAGAAUGAAGAAGACUUAGUCGGCAUCCUGAAGUAUUAACAUAACAUAAGUAACCAUACUACUGACAUAACCCACAGCAUAAGAAAUAAGAUCCCAUGCCAUGUCAGAGUAGAUGUGUUACAAUUACUAAUUACACAUUUUGCCUUGUUUACUUUUAACUAGUUGUGCUGUUACAAGAAGACAUCCAAGUGUUUGUUUACUUUUAACUAGUGGUGCUGUUACAGGAAGACAUCCGAAUGUUUGUUUACAGUAACAUAAUGAUAUUUGAUAUUCAUUGACUAUUGAGUAGAAAUCACACUUUCAUGAGUGUAGAGAUACAGGGAUUCUAAUCAUAGAUAGUAAGGAACCAUGCUAGCGGUCAUAUUGGAGUGCAUGGAAAAGAGUUGAGAAGAUUUUGCCCCAUGAGAAAAAGACGAUGCAAUGUUCUAAACAUAGAGCACAAUUGUAUAUAAUAAUGUCACUAGUGUUAACCUAAAGAAAAGACAAUGCAAUGUGCUAAACAUAGAGCACAAAUGUAUAUCAUAAUGUCACAAGUGUUAACCAUAAAGAAAAGACAAUGCAAUGUGCUAAACAUAGAGCACAAAUGUAUAUAAUAAUGUCACAAGUCUUAACCAUAAAGAAAAGACAAUGCAAUGUGCUAAACAUAGAGCACAAAUGUAUAUAAUAAUGUCACAAGUGUUAACCAUAAAGAAAAGACAAUGCAAUGUGCUAAACAUAGAGCACAAAUAUAUAUAAUAAUGUCACAAGUGUUAACCAUAAAGAAAAGACAAUGUAUUACUUAAAACAAACCUUGCAUAACUUUAAAACAAACAUUGUAAAACUUAAAAAAAAACAAUGUAUUACUUUAAAACAAUUGUUGCGUAACUUUAAAACAAACGUAUUACUUUAAAACAAACGUUGUAUUACUUUAAAACAAACGUAUUACUUUAAAACAAACGUAUUACUUUAAAACAAACAUAUUACUUUAAAACAAACAUAUUACUUUAAAACAAUCGUAUUACUUUAAAACAAACAAUGGAUAUCUUUAAAACAAACUUUUCCUCUGAAAAUGAUUUUAUUUUUUAUUCCAGCAAACCAUCACCCAGAAAAUCAGCUUCCAAGACAAGCAGAAAACGAAAGAGACGGGACGAUACCAGUGAUUAUGAAAAUGUUGAUGAGCAGCGUAAGUGAACGGUUUCAUAAAGGGUUGAUUGCCUUCCCAAUGAACUGUUAUUAACCAGCUGAAUUCUGGUGAUGGCUUUAGUUAGAGUUGUCUUACACUGAUUUAUAUUUUAUAAUGCAACAUCAUAAUUUAUGUUAAAAAAGCCAGUAUAUAAAUUUCAUACUGCUUUUGUUCAAUUUCUAUGGUGAUAGAAUAAUACUGUAGGUUUCAUCUUUGUGCUUAUUUUAGCUGUUGCAUUUUUUAAUGGGAGUUCAAAUAGAUUGUGUAACAGUGCAAAAAAAAUAAUACAUUUCAGUAGAUUGUAUAAAUAUUCUAUGAAUAAUCAAUUAAAAUAAUGAUGUAUUUCUUUCAUGAAUGAUUGCUAUUGGUUGCAACUCUCAUGAAUGAUUGUUAUUGGUUGCAAUUAUCAUGAAUGAUUGCUAUUGGUUGCAACUCUCAUGAAUGAUUGCUAUUGGUUGCAACUCUCAUGAAUGAUUGCUAUGGGUUGCAACUCAUAAUUAGGAGUACUUGAUUUUGGUUAAGCUGUUUUUUUAAUGAAUGAUUAUGUGGAACUUGAAUCUUUUAAGGACACUUUUCAUCAUCCAGUAGCCAUGUCUUCCUUAGUUUCUCUGUGUCUAUGCCUGGAAAUAGUGUUAAUAAUAAUAAUAAUAAGGGGUCUUAUAUAGCAAGGUACCCCAGCCUAGGGCUGGGUUCACCGCACUGUACAUAAAAAUUUUAUCAAAAGAGACAUAAUCAUGACAUUAAAAUAAAAUACAUUUAUGAAAUAAAGAACAGCAAAAAAAUGUAUAUUCACCCACCCCAACACAUAACUUUUACAAGGCAAACCAUGGACGGCAGCCAGCAAGAUCGUUUAUCGGUCAGAGGAGGGGAAUCACUCAGGGUAGUAUAAUUUAAAAAGAUGUGUUUUGAGUGCAGUUUUGAAGGCCUGGGUGGUUGGUAUAUUGCGUAUGUGUAGUGGCAAAGAAUUCCAUUGUUUGGGGGCGCAGAAAGAGAAAGAUCGUUCACCAUAUGUUUUAGUGUGUGUCUUGGGAAUGGACAGAAUACGCGUGUCUGCAGAGGAGCGAAGCUGUAGAAGGGGUGAAUAGACAGAAAGAAGUUCGGUUAGAUAGGAAGUGCAGGAAUCCAAGAAAAAGUUGUGACAGAGAACAGACAACUUGUAGUCAAUGUUACUGUUACAUGAUUUAACAAGUACACAAAAAAAAAACAAUACCAAAGCUAGUGAUAUUAAUAAUAUUCAAAUUGAUUUGACUAUUUAAUUUGGAUUAAAAAUAUACAAAAUUAAAUAGACAAAAAUAAAAGCUUUAUUAAAUUACACCAUAACAAGUUAAAAAGUAUAAUCAUUGAAAGAUGCAAAUAUUAAUAUUAUUAAUAAAUACACACACAUAAAGAUUGCAAUCUUGUAUUACGUCUUGUUAAUGACUAGUGUGCUGCGUGGCCGAGUGGUCUAAACAGCAAAUUGGUGGUCUGGAGUUCAAUUCCAGCCAAAGCCCACUCAAGCAAAAACAUCACCAGCACCCCGGGUAGAUGGGACUCGUCAACCCUUGGAUGGCAACUCUUCUAAGAGACGGAAACUCUGAAAUCAAACCUGGAGAUGGAGUCCCGAAGGUAAAAUGAAACAUUCCGAGAACUCCUGUGACACCAAUGGGGCCAAGUCGUAUCAUCUUCCCUUGGGCUAUCCAGUGGCGUGGAGAGAGGCGAUUUGCUGUUGGGAACCCAGCUUAUAAUCCUUGAACUUGAAGAAUAAUCCCAGUCCUGCGAAGCCCACACCAUUGUGAAGGAUGGAUAGCAAAAAUGUCCCUUGGUUGGGAAAGUUGCCGGGUUAUUUAUAGGGAGAAAGUUCGAACAUUUCAUCCAGAAAAGAUCAGCUGAUAGCAUUCUUUAGAACAAAUUAGAGUUUAUUCGAACGUUAACAAACUUUUCCCAAAGAAAAGGAGGGGGGUUUGUUGCAGUGCUACAUAUUUAAUCGUGAUAUCAGUAUCAAAAACAAACAAGAAGGGGACAUGAAUGCUAUAAUAUUAGGGUGUUAGUAUGGUCUUAUAUUUCUUGCUAACAAUUACUGGAGUGAUGGGCAUUGAUACUAGCUCAUUUGGAUAUUUGCAGUGGGGCAUUUUGAUGAUUUUUUUUUUUACCUGUCUAUUGCUGUAUCCUGGUUUUUACCUGUCUAUUGCUGUAUCCUGGUUUUUACCUGUCUAUUGCUGUAUCCUGGUUUUUACCUGUCUAUUGCUGUAUCCUGGUUUUUACCUGUCUAUUGCUGUAUCCUGUUUUUUACCUGUCUAUUGCUGUAUCCUGGUUUUUCAUUUUUCAUAUCCUGUAUCCAUUCAUAGGUUAAGCUGACUGCAUUGAGUAGUUGUUGUGUUUAAAGUUGUGAUGUUACAUUUGUUGUAAGGUGGUAUUGCUUAGCUGCUUGAAGUAUUGAUGUGCAACCUGAGAAAAUUACCAGAUUUCUGUGUGGUCACUUUUGAAAAUAGCCAAUUAAAAUAUAUUACUAACACAUUGAAGAAAAAGAAGUUAACUGGUAUGGAAGCUUUACUUCCUGCAGUUUUGUAAAGUAAACUGGUAAGAUAUGGAAAAUUUACUUCCUGCAGUUUUGUAAAGUGAACUGGUAUGGAAACUUUACUUCCUGCAGUUUUGUAAAGUAAACUGGUAUGGAAGCUUUUAUUUCCUGCAGUUUUGUAAAGUAAAAGUAAUCUUGUAUUUAAACUUUACUUCCUGCAGUUAUGUAAAGUUGUUUUGUAAUGUUGACAUUUCAGAGACUGUCAUCAUGAAGCUGUUUGAUCGGAGUGUUGAUCUCGCUCUGUUUCCUGAAGACACGCCACUCUAUCCUGUUUGCAGGGCAUGGCUACAAAACCGACCUCAUGACAAAACUUUGGGCACACUCAGUGAAAGACCAUCCUCGCCAAAGUUAGAUGAGGAGGUAUAUUUAUUGUAAUAUGAUAUGUAUAAUAUACCCCAUAAUAUUAUUGUAUCUGUAUAAAGUCAAAUAUUGUGUUACAUAUUAAAUCUGCUUUUGUUUGAGAAAUCAAGUUUUUUGGAACAUAAAAUGAAUGUUAAAAGAAUAACAUGAAUGUCAAUGUUGAAUUAUGCAUCUUCCCUAGCCUGUACAAACUUUUAAAUUUAUUGCCUGUAAACUCUAAGAAAGUAUAAAAUUGAGAAGAGAAUUUACUAUCGGCAUCCUUCCGUCUCGUGAGACGAUGGUGCAUCACCGUUUGGUUGGGUUGCAUUUUCUCGAGUGGCUGUGCAGUCCUAUCCUUGAGUGACAGUCUUUACCACAGUUUUUACACACGAGUUCCGUGCUUCUAAAUGUUUUGGCCUUUCUCCUAGCUCUUCUGUCUGCAGCCUCUUCCAUUCUUCGCUCCUCGGCUACCAUGACGCCCUCUUUGACAACUGUGCGCCACGUAGAUCGGUCUUUUGCCUUACACUCCCAGUCACUUGUAUGUAUUUUGGCUGCUUUCAUGUCCCUUUGACAGACAUCUUUAAAUCGCAGACGUGGGCGACCUGUUUUCCUCUUUCCCGAAGCAAGUUCACCAUAUAGGAGGUCUUUCGGAAUGCGGCCGGGACUCAUUCUUUUAACAUGACCUAGCCACCUCAGGCGUCUUUCACUAAGGAUUGUGAACAUGCUUUGGGUAUUCGCACGCAUUAGGACCUCACUAUUAGUCACUUUUUCUUGCCAUUUAAUACCAAGGAUGCGACGCAGGCAUCUCAUAUGGAAGCUAUUAAGCUUGCGCUCUUGGGAUGUAUAGGUGGUCCAUGUCUCGCUCCCGUAUAGUAGUGUACUGAUGACACAAGCUCGAUAGACGCACAGUUUGGUUUUCUCCGUUAGCUUGGUGUUUUUCCAGACCCGUUUAUUUAGUUUAGCCAUUGUGGCAGCUGCCUUGCCGAUUCUGCUGUUAAUUUCUUCUUCAAUGGACAGUGUGUUGGAGACUUUGGACCCCAAGUUGGUGAAGCUGUCCACAACCUCCAAGUUUUCGUUAUCGAUUUUUAUGUUAGGUGGCGGUCGAGUGUCUUGGGCCAUGAUGUUUGUCUUUUUCAAGCUGAUUUGCAGACCAAAUUCUUGCAGGCAUUGGAGAAGCUUGACACGAGUUGUUGCAAACCAAUUUCUGUGUGUGCGGUUAGAGCCGCAUCAUCCGCAAAUAGUAGCUCGCGAAUUAGGACAUCUGUCGUUUUGGUCUUGGCUCGGAGGCGGGCAGUGUUGAAAAGUCCUCCAUCAGCUCUGGUGUGUAACCAGAUUCCCUCACUGCUAUCCUUGAAUGCGUAUCGAAGUAGUACAGAGAAGAAUAUUGCGAACAGUGUUGGUGCGAGUACACAACCUUGUUUAACUCCGCUGCUGACUGGAAAGGCUUCUGACUUGGCUCCAUCGAACUGCACUGUACCCUGCAUAUUUUCAUGGAACUCUCUGAUGAUGGCAAGUAGGUGAGGGGGACAGCCGAUUUUUGCCAGUAUUUUGAAUAGCCCGUUGCGACUGACGUAAUCAAAGGCUUUUGUAAGGUCCACAAAGGCAAUGUACAGUGGCAUCUGCUGCUCUCUGCAUUUUUCCUGGAGCUGUCGUAUGGAGAACACCAUGUCUAUGGUAGACCGGCCAGACCGGAAACCGCACUGAGAUUCUGGAUAGACACGGGAUGCUAGACUCUGUAAACGUGUUAGUAUGACACGGGCAAAGGCCUUUCCUACAAUACUAAGGAGUGAAAUGCCGCGAUAAUUAUUGCAAUCACUCCUAUCACCUUUGUUUUUAUAUAGUGUCACUAUAUUUGCAUCCUUUAGGUCUUGGGGGAUGUAGCCCUGUUCCCAGCAGAGGGACAGAAUCUCGUGCAAUGGUUGGAGUAAAGCUAUCUUACCACUCUUUAGAGCCUCUGGUGGUAUUCCAUCAUCCCCAGGCGCUUUUCCACAAGCUAGGCUAUCAAUAGCUUUGCUCAGCUCUUCCUGUGAGGGCACGACAUCAAGUUCUUCCAUGAGUGGCAUAUCUGGUAUGUCAUCUAGAGCGGUGCUGGAGACUGUGGUAACUGUUGAAUACAAUUCCAGAUAAUGCUCAACCCACCGUUUUAGCUGUGCUGCCCGGUCUUGGAUAAUUUCUCCAUUUUUGGACUUUAGAGGAGCAACUUUGGACGUCAAGGGGCCAGUUGCCUUUUUGAUGUUUUCGUACAUUGCUUUUGCAUUGCCCAUAUCUGCAGCUGACUGUAUGCUGGAACAGAGGUUAAGCCAGUAGGUAUUGGCGCAAUUACGUGCAACCUUUUGGGCAAGUGACUUGGCUGUUUUUAAGGCAUGCAACCUGUCGGGUGUAGGCUUUUCCUUGUAAGCCGUAAGAGCUUUCCUUUUGGCUUCAGUGACAGGUUUCAUCUCGUCCCAAUGUUCAUCAAACCAGUCCGUGUUUUUGUGAGAUUUUUUGCCAAAGGCCUGUAUUGCGGAUGUAUAGAUUGUGUCUCUGAGAUGCGUCCAUUUCGAGUCAAUGGUGACGCAUGGGGACAUCCUUGAGAUACCUUCCUUCACCUUGUCUGUGAACAGCUGCGUUAGCACAGGGUCUUUCAUGCUGAAGGUAUUGAUACGUGGACAUCCCUUUUUCUUGGAGUGGUACGAGUUUUUCCUCAUUAUUCGUACCUUGCUGGCGACAAGGAAGUGAUCCGUGUCACAGUCGGCACUGUGAUAGCUGCGAGUGAGUAGGAUGCUAGCUAGUUGUGCACGCCUGGUGAUGAUGAGGUCCAGCUGGUGCCAUUGGCGGGAUCGAGGGUGUCUCCAAGAAACUUGAUGUAUAUCCUUGCACUUGAAGUAAGUGUUGGUCACACACAAGCCUCGUGAGCAGCACAAUGCCAGAAGCCUCUGUCCAUUUUCAUUAAUCUUUCCUCUUCCAAAGAGUCCAAGGCAUGUGGGCCAGGCUUCGUGGUCGCUCCCCACUCUAGCAUUGAAAUCUCCCAGGAGGUAGAUUGCCUCGUCUUUGUGGAUGCUGGCUAUUGCCUGGUCUAAAGCUCCAUAGAAUUGGUCCUUCUCUUCCGGAGUUGAACAGAGAGUUGGGGCAUAUACACUAAGAAUGUUUGCUGGGCCCGCAGCUGUUCUGAGUCUUAGAGUGAGGAUCCUCUCCGUGCCUGAUGACGGGGGAUCAAUGAAUGGUGUAAGAGUGUUCUUAACAGCGAAACCUACACCAUGCUGUCUAGGUUCGUUUGUUGGUCUGCCUUGCCAGAAGAAAGUGUAAUUUGCCUCUUUGAGUGAACCGUUGUCUGGGAGCCUGGUCUCCUGAAGGCAAGCGAUGUCAAUCUAUAGUUCUCUAUCGCUUAUUCCUGUCUUCCGUGUGUCGUUUAUUGACUGCGGGUCAUCAGUGAUGCCGGGACACAUAGUCCUCACGUUCCAGCUAGCGAUUCGAAGAGCUGGGGUCUUCUUUUUCUUUUUUGUGUUUCUUGGUGCAGGGCUUAGUGGCCCACUUGUUGAGUGGUACUCUAAUCUCCACGCACCCAGUGGAGAAGGCAGGCCAUGACGGGAUAGCACCUAUUUGACUGGGGGCUGCCCAGUUUGAGGCGGGCGGUAGCUGUCCAGUGAGACAUUGGUAGUCUCUCCCACCGUCGGAAGCAGCCCCUGGCGCCUAGCUCUACGUCAAUUGAGCUUUUGGCUUAUAACCGGUAACUGCUGCUUCCCGUGUUUUGUCGACACCUUGCGGCGACGCUGGAGUGUCCUCUCCAGAGGUGAUGCAAGCCUGGGCGGGUAUUAUGGAGAAUUAGCUGCUGCCCAUACAGCAUAUCCACCCUCUCCACGUCAAUGGUGUAACCAAGGGAACGACUUGCGUCGAUGCGGCUUGGCUGCCGUUGGCGUCGCAGGAGCUGCCGGUAUGUACAAAAGAGUCUUAUGUAUGGACCGCCUGUAGGUGCUCCAUUUCCUUGAUUUUCUGUCAGGGUUUACUCCCUUAGCCUUUCCCGAAGGGUAUAGCCGCAAGGCAGCGGAGGAUUUUUGAAGUCGGAGUUUCCUUCUCCUAGCCAAGGUUUUAACGAGCAUCAUCUACCCGUAGGGGUGCCAGCACCGGGAUUCAAACCCAUGACUGAUUGAUAUUUAUUUUGAUGUCUUGGUACCGCAGCGCAGCGCACUAAUCACUUUGACCACCUCGCCCCCAGAAGAGAAUUAACACCGUACAAAUAGAUGUAGCACAGCAUAGGGCUUAAACUCUGCCAGAUAUUAAGAAAUUAAAGUGUUCUGAAUGUCAUACAGGAGUAUUUAGCUGGUAUGUUCAAUCAAAGUGUUCUAAAAGUCAUACAUGAGUGUUUAGUUGGUGUGUUCAAUCAAAUUAUUCUGAAUGUCAUACAUGAGUGUUUAGUUGGUGUGUUCAAUCAAAGUAUUCUGAAUGUCAACGAUGAGUGUUUAGUUGGUGUGUUCAAUCAAAGUGUUCUGAAUGUCAUACAUGAGUGUUUAGUUGAUAUGUUCAAUCAAAGUAUUCUGAAUUUUAUACGUGAGUGUUUAGUUGCUGUGUUCAAUCAAAGUCUUCUGAAUGUCAUGUUCAAUCAAAGUGUUCUGAAUGUCAUACAUAAGUGUUUAGUUGGUAUGUUCAAUCAAAAUAUUCUGAAUUUCAUACGUGAGUGUUUAGUUGGUGUGUUCAAUCAAAGUCUUCUGAAUGUCAUGUUCAAUCAAAGUAUUCUGAAUGUCAUACAUGAGUGUUUAGUUGCUGUGUUCAAGUUUGCUUGAUCACAUUUUUGCUCUUAUGUAUACUAUCUAAAGAAUAGGAUAAUUGAAACAUGUUGUCUAAACUAUCCAUUCAGUUUUUGGUAUCUUCUAAAAAGUCUUCUUGAUAUUAGUCAACCACCUUUCAAAAAUUAAUUUUUAAAACGUUUAUUCCUAUUAUUUGAUUUCAGCAAAGCCUUGAUUUUUACCCUAAUGUUUAUGAAAUGCCUCAAGCUAUUAAAUCAGAAGAUGGCUGUCUGUAUGACUUGAGGAUCCCUGAACCUUUACCUCAACCAGAGGACAGAUUGGACCUUGAUGCUGUAAAUAGUCAUUUUUAAAAAAAAACUUUUUUUAGUUAAAGUAUUUAAGCAUGUCUAAUAAAUAAAAUGCUUAAACUUAGAAUGGGGACUUGCAUCUGGGAACUAUUAAUGCUAUUCAAAAACUCAUUGCCAUCAAAAUUGCUCAACUUCUAUUUCGGUAAAUUUAUACAUCACAAAUCAGACAGACAUGAACAUUCUAUAUCCUUAAUAGUUAACAUCAUAGCAUUCUACCGAGAGGAUAUAAUCUGAAUAUACACAGAUGGGUCAGCUUUCAAAGGAGCCCUACAUGCUUACAAUGGUGUAAGAAUAGAAUACCCAGCCGAUCAUGUGAUGAAUACUGCCACUUCUGUGGGUUGAUCUAAUGUAAUUAUGAAGCAGAAGUGACUGCUCUCGACUGAGCACGACACCACUUGUCUGCAAUCUUUACAGUCAACCCCAGCAAACACAGAAAUGUUGUUAUCUGCUCCGAUUGCAAAUCAAUAGUUCAGGUAGCAAGCAUCAAAAUCUUUCAAUAUCAACCUAUGCAGUCAGGCUAGCCUUACAAUGGAUAUUAAGACAUCACAGUAUACCAGGAAAUGAAAUAGCAGACACACUAGCCUCCUAUGAACAGCCUACCAUAUCUAAAUCACUCACUGUGAUGCAGAUCAUCCCAGAUAAAAAAAAAUCAGGGUUGUUAAAUGGAGGAAAAAGUGGAACUAGGUGUGUGGAAGCUUGAAAUAUAAAGACAAGACAAUAAAAACAAUGUUUUAGUCAUGAGCCUUCUUCAGCAGACGGGACAAUAAGAACAGAACGUUUUGGCCAUGACCCUUCUUAAGCAGACAAGACAAUAAAAACAGAACGUUUUAGUCAAGAGCCUUCUUCAGCAGACGGGACAAUAAAAACAGAACGUUUUAGUCAAGAGCCUUCUUCAGCAGACAGGACAAUAAAAACAGAACGUUUGGCCAUGAGUCUUCUCCAACAGACAGGACAAUAAAAAGAAACAAUAAGAAAUAGAAGACAGUUGAAAAACUCAAGUGUUUGAAGUGUGCCAUGAAUGCUAUGCUAUGCUAUUGACAGAAAUUGGGUUUUGUCUCAAAGAUUACAGGAAGUAAAAGAAUUUAUAAAUUUAUGCUGGGAAAAAUAAGAUUUUAACGAACAAAAAUAUUUUAGAAGUAUGUAAAAUAUGAGACAAAAUUAAAGAGAUUCAGGGACUUUGAUGUUAGAUAGUAGGAGAGUAUUUCACGAGGCUAUGCCAUGAAUCUAUCAAAUAAUAUUCUUCUUACCGUUCCACCUAUAUAACUGGAGCGGCACCACACAAUUGCAUUGAUCACAUUUUGACCAAAACAUGUGAAGCCCCCUUCAAGGGGGUAGGUGCCUGAUAAAAAAAUGUUAAUUUUAACAGAAAUAUCAAAUUUUUCAUUUUUUGAGAGUUCAACAAUAAUAGAAUCAACUACAUAUAAAUUAAUACUUUGUUAAAACCGAGAUAAAAAUAAACAAUUGAUGUGGAACUCCCUACAACACUGUAAAAGUUGACCUAAUUUUAUAGUAAUUGUGAAAUUUCUAACACUAAGACCUUGUUUGACAUCCAGAAAACUCUAUUUUAAAAUAUCACAAUGUGCCAUAAUAUAUCAACGUAGAGGUAAUUUUAUUGGCUAUUUUACUAUCAUGCCCAUUAAGUAGAUUGUCCAUAAAUAUUCAAUCCCUCAAAUGUAUAAAAAAAAUGAAAAAUGAUAAAAAACGAUUUUUUCAUUAAUGGAAAAUGUUAGUAACCAUGACUUUUAUUUGUUGACGCAUGCGCAGCCUAGUUUUUUUUCCUUGGAAUUUCCUUCCUGGCGGCACAUUUUUUAGUCUGACUCAUUCUCGACAGCAUCCAUUUUCAACAAUUUUUUCUCUAAAUAAUACACGCUUCUAAGAUACCUACUAAGCAGGAUUACCGGUUUGGUGAAAGCAAGAAAAAUUUUUAAAAACCUAGAGGGAUUCGCUCACUCACAGAAACUAACAAAAGCUUUGAAUUCAAGGUAAGUUUGCUAGUACUAGUAUUAUGCUUGAAAUUAGGACCAUGAUGUCUAAACCAUAUCAUAGUUCAUACUAGUAUUAGUGGUAGAAUUCUCUUUGUAAAACUUUGUAGACUUGUGUUAUUUGUGUGACCAUUCUUGACGAUUUAGUUGGUAUACUUAUAUAUAUAUAUAAACUUUUUUGCUAUUUACGUUCCACAUGGAGAUUGACGAACUGUAUGGUUAUUGAUGAACACAUGACCCUUACUAGUUAGCAUGGGGUUUUAACAAAACAUGAUUUUUGUCAGUGGGCAUAUAUUGAGAAUCAUUCAGUUAUUUAAAUCAUAUGAAGGCCUCAGCUAAUCAAGUUAUAUUUCAUUUUAAUGGGGCACACAACUACAAAGUCAAUUUAUUAUUUUUCUGAUGGUAGACCUAAUGCAAACUGAAAUAUUAUAAUUAUUCUACCUGAGAUUAAUAAAUAAAAAUAUUUGUGAGUUGAUUUUGAUGUGUUUUUCCCCAGUUCAUCUAUGGAUGCUGACUUGAAUGAGCCUGCAGUCAUGACAGAAAGUACUGGACCUUAAACUAACAGCACGGAGCAGAAGUUCACUGUUUAUAAGAAUGCUACGGAGGGAAUAAUUGACAACAACUUGUACAAAAUUGUCCAUCAAAGCUUCCUUCAGUCUCUCGUAUCAGCAGUGGGAUGUUCAAAUUGCAGAAGCAACAUAUUACAAGAAAAAACAAACAAGUGGUCUGGCUGCCCAUUUAAAAAAUCACUGUCAUGAUUGUAAUCAGAGUGCUCAGAUUGGACAUUUACACAAUGGAAUAAGCAGUUUGACAUAAAAUUACAGAACAAUUAUAGGAAAAAUCUAAAAAAAACAAAGACAGUGAGCGAGAGCACCUCAACAAAGUUGAAGAAGGGGAAACCAAUGUUCCUGGUGCUUUCAACAAAUGAUAGCGUUUAUAAAUGAUGAUGUCCAAGAUGCUGUACAACUGAUUGCGUUUAUAAAUGAUGAUGUCCAAGAUGCUGUACAACUGAUUGCGUUUAUAAAUGAUGAUGUCCAAGAUGCUGUACAACAGAUUGCGUUUAUAAAUGAUGAUGUCCAAGAUGCUGUACAACUGAUUGCGUUUAUAAAUGAUGAUGUCCAAGAUGCUGUACAACUGAUUGCGUUUAUAAAUGAUGAUGAUGUCCAAGAUGCUGUACAACUGAUUGCAUUUAUAAAUGAUGAUGUCCAAGAUGCUGUACAACUGAUUGCAUUUAUAAAUGAUGAUGUCAAAGAUGCUGUACAACUGAUUGCAUUUAUAAAUGAUGAUGUCCAAGAUGCUGUACAACUGAUUGCGUUUAUAAAUGAUGAUGAUGUCCAAGAUGCUGUACAACUGAUUGCGUUUAUAAAUGAUGAUGUCCAAGAUGCUGUACAACUGAUUGCAUUUAUAAAUGAUGAUGUCAAAGAUGCUGUACAACUGUUUGCAUUUAUAAAUGAUGAUGUCCAAGAUGCUGUACAACUGAUUGCAUUUAUAAAUGAUGAUGUCAAAGAUGCUGUACAACUGAUUGCAUUUAUAAAUGAUGAUGUCCAAGAUGCUGUACAACUGAUUGCGUUUAUAAAUGAUGAUGAUGUCCAAGAUGCUGUACAACUGAUUGCGUUUAUAAAUGAUGAUGUCCAAGAUGCUGUACAACUGAUUGCAUUUAUAAAUGAUGAUGUCAAAGAUGCUGUACAACUGAUUGCAUUUAUAAAUGAUGAUGUCCAAGAUGCUGUACAACUGAUUGCAUUUAUAAAUGAUGAUGUCCAAGAUGCUGUACAACUGAUUGCAUUUAUAAAUGAUAAUGUCCAAGAUGCUGUACAAAUGAUUCCAUUUAUAAAUGAUGAUGUCCAAGAUGCUGUACAACUGAUUGCGUUUAUAAAUGAUGAUGUCCAAGAUGCUGUACAACUGAUUGCAUUUAUAAAUGAUGAUGUCAAAGAUGCUGUACAACUGAUUGCAUUUAUAAAUGAUGAUGUCCAAGAUGCUGUACAACUGAUUGCAUUUAUAAAUGAUGAUGUCCAAGAUGCUGUACAACUGAUUGCAUUUAUAAAUGAUGAUGUCCAAGAUGCUGUACAAAUGAUUCCAUUUAUAAAUGAUGAUGUCCAAGAUGCUGUACAAUUGAUUGCGUUUAUAAAUGAUGAUGUCCAAGAUGCUGUACAACUGAUUGCGUUUAUAAAUGAUGAUGUCCAAGAUGCUGUACAACUGAUUGCAUUUAUAAAUGAUGAUGUCCAAGAUGCUGUACAACUGAUUGCAUUUAUAAAUGAUGAUGUCCAAGAUGCUGUACAACUGAUUGCAUUUAUAAAUGAUGAUGUCCAAGAUGCUGUACAACUGAUUGCAUUUAUAAAUGAUGAUGUCCAAGAUGCUGUACAACUGAUUGCAUUUAUAAAUGAUGAUGUCCAAGAUGCUGUACAACUGAUUGCAUUUAUAAAUGAUAAUGUCCAAGACGCUUUAAAAAAGUAUGUCAAAUCACAAUUUUAUAAAAAUAAAUAUUUUAUUUUUCACUUUAAAAGUUUAAAGUUCAUGAUUCAAUCCUUGCUCAAGUGUUAUGUACGUUUGUUACCGGAUAAUUUAAUUUUACAACUCUAUGAAUAGGUGUUUGUUUCAAGAUGGUUGCCAGUUGUCAUGGCAUUUAUACACUUUUAUUUCCUGUAAAGGGUGAAAUUAUAUCUCUAUUUAUUGCUAAACAUGACCAUAAUUAAAAAAGUUGUUCUAAGUUGGUUAAGUAAAAAAAAAAGUUAUUUUGGUAGUUUACCCUCUUACUUAAUCAUGGUAAAAGUACCCUUAGGAAGGCUGAUGUUUUUGGUAGUCUACCCUCUUACUUAAUCAUGGUAAAAGUACCCUUGGGAACGCUGAUGUUUUUGGUAGUCUACCCUCUUACUUAAUCAUGGUAAAAGUACCCUUGGGAAGGCUGAUGUUUUUGGUAGUCUACCCUCUUACUUAAUCAUGGUAAAAGUACCCUUGGGAAGGCUGAUGUUUUUGGUAGUCUACCCUCUUACUUAAUCAUGGUAAAAGUACCCUUAGGAAGGCUGAUGUUUUUGGUAGUCUACCCUCUUACUUAAUCAUGGUAAAAGUACCCUUGGGAACGCUGAUGUUUUUGGUAGUCUACCCUCUUACUUAAUCAUGGUAAAAGUACCCUUGGGAAGGCUGAUGUUUUUGGUAGUCUACCCUCUUACUUAAUCAUGGUAAAAGUACCCUUAGGAAGGCUGAUGUUUUUGGUAGUCUACCCUCUUACUUAAUCAUGGUAAAAGUACCCUUGGGAAGGCUGAUGUUUUUGGUAGUCUACCCUCUUACUUAAUCAUGGUAAAAGUACCCUUAGGAAGGCUGAUGUUUUUGGUAGUCUACCCUCUUACUUAAUCAUGGUAAAAGUACCCUUAGGAAGGCUGAUGUUUUUGGUAGUCUACCCUCUUACUUAAUCAUGGUAAAAGUACCCUUGGGAAGGCUGAUGUUUUUGGUAGUCUACCCUCUUACUUAAUCAUGGUAAAAGUACCCUUGGGAAGGCUGAUGUUUUUUGUUUCAAGUGUACAGGGGCAAGUCCUACAAUGGAUCGGUUCAACAGGAAUAUAUGUGUUCACACACACCAAAGACUCUAAAGAUCUAAUAAAUUGCCUCAAGGACAUAAACAGGUUGUAAUCUUUUGCCUGCACACUGGUAACAUACAACUUAAUUCUCACCUAAACCAGAUAAAAGCAGAUGAAAGCAGUUAGCCCUUUUUGCAGUUAUCUAACCUAAUGAAAAAGUAAGACAUCACCUCUUCCACUGCCCUGCACGUCAGGACUUACGCUUUAACUACCGUUACCUACCAAAAACAGCUGCAGAGACUGCAAAAUUUCACCAUGGCCUCAAGCUACUGGAUUUGGAGGAUGAUGAAAACCUCCAUCACAUAUAUUGGAGGAAGAGGACAGACUUGUUAAACUUUAUAAAUACAAAAACUAUUGAAAUUUUCAAGUUUAUUAAAUACAAUAACUAUUGAAAUGUGCAAGUUUAUUAUAUUAGAUACAAUAACUAUUGAAAUAUGCAAGUUUGUUAAAUUAACUAUUGAAAUGUGCAAGUUAAAUAAAUAAAAUAACUAUUAAAAUGUGCAAGUUAAAUAAAUAAAAUAACUAUUGAAAUGUGCAAGUUAAAUAAAUAAAAUAACUAUUGAAAUGUGCAAGUUUAUUAAAUACAAUAAGUAUUGAAAUUUGCAAGUUUGUUAAAUUAACUAUUGAAAUGUGCAAGUUAAAUAAAUAAAAUAACUAUUGAAAUGUGCAAGUUAAAUAAAUAAAAUAACUAUUGAAAUGUGCAAGUUAAAUAAAUACAAUUAUUAUUGAAAUGUGCAAGUUACAUAAAUACAAUUACUAUUGAAAUGUGCACAUUUAUUAGAUACCAUAACUAUUGAAAUUUGUGCAAGUUUACUUGAUACAAUAACUAUAGAAAUGUUUGUAAUUUUCAGGAUCCUAAGGCAAUUCUUCCAUGUGAUCAGUUGUUGCUCAAUCACAUGAACAGGUGGAAGGAGGUGAGAAAUAGGUAAGUAGUAUCUCAGGUGCAAGGAGGUGAGAAAUAGGUACAGGUAAGUAGUACGUCAGGUGAAAGGAGGUGAUAAAUAAGUAAGUAUUAUGUCAGGUGGGAGGAGGUGAUAAAUAGGUAAGUAUUAUGUCGGCUGGAAAGAGGUGAUAAAUAGGUGGAUAGUAUGUCAGCUGGAAAGAGGUGAUAAAUAGGUAAGUAGUAUGUCAGGUGGAAGGAGGUGAUAAAUAGUUAAGUAGUGUCAGGUGGAAGGAGGUGAUAAAUAGGUAAACUCUGUGAUAUUUAUCCAAUAAAAUAAAGAUUUCUUCCUUUUUGUAGUUUGUUUUUUAACUGCUGGCAUAAAUUAAUAACUGGUUUAUUAUUGGAUAAAUGAAUGAUGACUUGUUUAUUCUGGGAUAAAUCAUUGAUACCUUGUUUAUGCUGGGAUAAAUGAAUAAUACCUGGUUUAUGCUGGGAUAAAUCAAUGAUACAGGUACCUGGUUUAUGCUGGGAUAUAUCAUUGAUACCUAGUUUAUGCUGGGAUAAAUCAAUAAUACCAACUUUUUUCUGGGAUAAAUCACUGUAACUCAGUUCAUUACACUGCAAAACAUACAGAAAUUUUUUAAUGUAUAGCUGAAAUUUUUAAAAACCUAAAUAUUUCAUGAUGGUCAAAGAGUGUUUUGUCUAUUUCAGAUGGCGGGAGGCCAGCAUAUUACAUGAGAUGCAAUAUAUGGGAAGUAUAAAUCUGCUGAAAGAAAUGUUUGAUAGAAAUUUGUAAACUAUUUUUUGCACUUGGUAUUAUUUGAAUUAAAAGCAGACAUUUCCAAAAUGACACCAACAAUUGUUUGUAGGUUUAAAAUUGAAUGUCACAAAGAAAUGUUAAACUCUGUUCUAAGUGGCAUUAUAACAGGCUAGUAACAAAGAAAUUUUAAACUCUAUCCUCAGUGGCAUUAUCACAGGCUAGUAACAAAAUAAAUAAUUCAUCAUUCUAACGGAUGAUGCAAUAAGCUGACUUAGAGAAUUUCAUUUUACGCUUUUUUAUCUAAGAAUAAAGGUGUUCUUGAUAUCAAUUUGCAUGAAGUUAACACUUUAUAUAUCAGGGGUCUCAAAGUCAUGGCCCGCUGCCGAUUUGAGGCGCGAAAGACGAUAUUUUGUGGCCUGAUGCCUGACACUAAUGUAUAGUGUUAACGUGGCCUUCGCGCUUUCCUCAUUCUCAUAUCUAUAAUGUUACCCUCUGCGACGGUUUCAAUCGAAUCUCUUCGACUAGACUAAUUCUGAUUUUUAAUAUGUUUGUAUAGAUUUGGACGUAGAUUAUAAUUAUAAUAGUAAAAACCAUUUUAAAAUCAGAUUAAAUGUUUUUAUUUUAUAAGACAGACAUGGACAAAGUGCGGUUUUGAGAAAACACGCUUUGAAUAUUGUAUAGACAUAUAUCAAAAGUUUAAAAAGUCAGUUAGGGGGUAAUGCACAACCAUAAUUGUGUAAAUCGUAGCAAUCUGAUCCAAUAUCAAAGAAUCCCUAAUAAAAUUGCCACUAGUGAGGACGAAUGAGGGAAAUUCCGAGAUUGUCAGCUUGGUCACUUUAAAAAAACUGAUAAGUCAAAAAGGCAUUUUCUACGAUAAAAAUAUCAAAAUUCAUUCUCCUUACAAUAGCAUCUUCCUUGGCAUCAAUAAUUCAUAAAUAUUGCCUGCUCCUGCCGUCUGCUUGAACACAUUUUAGUUCUAAAAUCACUAAUGGAAAUAGGUCAACCACAGAUCAUAUUUUUACUAUAAGAUGUCUCCUGGAGAAAUGUUACAAAUAUAACAUCGACAUACACCAACUAUUCAUGGAUUACAAAGCAGCAUACGAUAGCAUAGACAGGAAUUACUUAUACAAGGCUCUACAACAGCGGUUACCAACGCAAAUCCCGUCUCUCAUGGGUCGCCUAAGAACUUCUGAAAACACAUAUAAUCUAUAGUUAUAAAGUAUCAACGAAAAUAAUUUUUUAGUUAGGGUCGACACAACACGAGGAACUGUAUUAAAGGGUCGCGGGAUUAGAAAGGUUGAGCACCACUGUUUUACAAGAAAUUGGAGUCCCUAACAAGCUUACACGGCUCAUACAUUUGAUGAUGGCUAACUCCAAAAGUAGAAUCAAGGUGCAGGGAGAAUACACAAAGGAGUUCCCUGUUAAUCAGGGCCUCAGACAAGGAGACUCGCUAUCAUGUAUCCUGUUUAAUAUCACGCUAGAGAAAGUUAUUAGAAGCAUACACGUGAGCACAAGCUACUUCCAGAGAGGUAUUACAGAAGUGGAGUUUGGGGGGGUGACACAAUGUGACAACCGGGUCUACUUGUGGAGUUUAGGGGUGACGCAAUGUGACAACCGGGUCUACUUGUGGAGUUUAGGAGUGACGCAAUGUGACAACCAGCUCUACUUGUGGAGUUUAGGGGUGACACAAUGUGACAACCGGGUCUACUUGUGGAGUUUAGGGGUGACGCAAUGUGACAACCAGCUCUACUUGUGGAGUUUAGGAGUGACGCAAUGUGACAACCAGCUCUACUUGUGGAGUUUAGGGGUGACACAAUGUGACAACCGGGUCUACUUGUGGAGUUUAGGGGUGACGCAAUGUGACAACCGGGUCUACUUGUGGAGUUUAGGGCUGACGCAAUGUGACAACCGGGUCUACUUGUGGAGUUUAGGGGUGACGCAAUGUGACAACCGGGUCUACUUGUGGAGUUUAAGGGUUGACCUGGCCAGCUAAUAGUUGCGCCACCCAAAUGUUUUAUUUGGAAGAUGACCUUGCCCACUAAUAGUUGCGCCACCCAAAUGUUUUAUUUGGAAGAUGACCUUGCCAACUAAUAGUUGCGCCACCCAAAUGUUUUAUUUUGAAGAUGACCUGGCCAGCUAAUAGUUGCGCCACCCAAAUGUUAUUUUGAAGAUGACCUUGCCCACUAAUAGUUGCGCCACCCAAAUGUUUUAUUUGGAAGAUGACCUUG